UAUCACCGUACGCCACUCUGACUUCCACAUGGGACAGCACUGGGCCUUAGCUAAUCUGGAUGGGAAGACGAAGACACGAGUGUGUCCUGGCAAGGGCUUCUGGCAACUCGGAAGCACCGUCUUCGACAUGCUAAGACCGAGGAAGCUGGUCACUGCGACUGAUGUCCAAGUCGAAACUCGAGGAGCAGUUAUGCAGCGCCAGCCUCAUUGGAGCGACUCCGAAUGCAUCUUCAUUCUGCCCAACGAGCUGAUCGACGCAGUCUUUGCUCAGCUCGAUGAUUGGAUCGAGCUUGUCUUCCUGUGCGCCACCUACCGAGAUCUCUGGAAUAUCGGUGCUCGCCACUUGAUCAGUUUCGCCGAACAACGUCUUGCCAAAUGCUCCGCGAUCGAGCAACGUCUGAUCGUUCUGGGCGACUACAACGACGAGGGCUUCUUUCCGCCCAGCCUGCAUAUCCCUGGACCAGAGGUCAUCGACAUUUUCUCACCUCCCGGCACGGAUGCUAUCUACUCCGACCACCAGGAGGAAUGCAGCAUCAAGUCUAGGUUGAACAUGCCCUUCUUCACGGCGCGACCCGACGAAUACAUGCGAGAUCGCGCAUACCAUAACGAGAGUCAAAAAAUCACGUUCCUGCUCGAGCAAGUGCUGCCAAUAGAGUGGUGCUCGGUGGACCAAAGCGGGUUCGUACUUCGCAAUCUGUCGAAGGGGGAGUACGUCACAGGCAAGGCGAUGGCCAAGUUCAACAAGGAUAGAAAACCAAAGCGCACCUCCAUCUUUGACGCCGAUCCCUGCCUUGGGUCUGCGGUCCUCAGCCGCAUCUGUUGGUCGCACUGCUCUAACUUACCAGCGGAUCGCAAUAUCACGGAUGUCUGGGCGGGCGAUCGGUUCGACAUCGUGAGCGAAAAUGACUUCGACCGUGAAUGCAAGAUGGGCGCCGAGAGGGACAGCAUGCGCGAGGAUGAUAUCGGAAAUAUGGCACCUAGCAUAACGAAAUGGGUGGACGUGUCGAAGGAGGUCCUGGCGGAGAUCGAGGCUUCACUACUCAAGUAGCUUGUGCAGCAAUGCCGUACUGAUAUAGCUGCCGGCGAUGUAGAAGGCGCAUGCACCUCCCGCGAUACGUGCGCGCUGCCUGUGGCGAAUUCUUUAGAUGAGCGACGAGCUCAUGAUCAAUGAACGUUGCGAGAUCAGAC